AGUUCGACUUGGACUUUCACUUUCAUUCGUUACCACUCAUCACUCCAAUUGGAAUAAUCUAAUUCACUUGUCUUUCAAUUUCCGAAUUUUAAUUUUAUUUCUUUCUUUUAUUAUUAAUCUUAUUUUCACUUUUCAACAAUUUAAAUAUGAUUCGAUUUGUUACAUUCGUUACUCUCUUCGCCUCCGCUUAUUGUGGCCUCAUCGCUGCUCCAGCAGCUUAUGCCCCAGCCGCCGCCAUCCUCAACACCGGAGCUUCAUCACAAUACAGAAGUCAGGAUAAUAUUGGAAACUAUGCUUUCGGAUACAAUGAAGAUCAUUCCACCGGUGGUACUUUCAGACGUGAAAGUGGUGAUGCUUUUGGCACCAAAGUUGGAUCAUAUGGAUUACGAGAUGCUGAUGGUCGACUCCGAAUUGUCAACUACGUCGCCGAUGCUAACGGUUUCCGAGCCACAAUCUCAACCAACGAACCAGGAACUGAGCCUCGUGAUCCAGCUUCAGUCUUGAUCAACAAAUCGCCCGCUAUCAUUGCUGCUCCCGCUGUAGCUGCUCCAGUUGUUGCCGCUGCUGCUCCCGUAGCCGCUGUUUCCCCAGUUGCUGCCCCAGUUGCCGCUGUUGGUCCAGCUCCUCUUGCAUAUGCACCUUCAUACUCAGCUCCAGCCUACGCUGCUCCAGCUUAUGCUGCCCCAGCUUACGCUCCAGCUGCUUUUGCUCCAUCCGCCGUUUAUGGUUCACCUUACACUUACCCUGCAGCCGGUUAUGGUUAUGCACCAUACGGAAAUUUCGGUCUCAGAAAAUAGAUCAGCUGAAUUAGUUUAAUUCCUUCCCUAAAUCAACACUCAUCAUUUACCAGAAUUACCAUCAAUCUAUUUUAAUCUCAUUUGAUUCACUUUUCUAAAUUUCCUUCAACUUUAAUCAUCAUCAUGAUCAAACCAAUUUACAGUUAAUCAUCUUCUUCCUCAUGUGUGUAGCUGCCAUAAAUCACAGAGAAAAAUGAACAAUCAAUUUAAUAAUGACCUGAAAACCUCUUUAAAAUUAUUCUAAUUGUAAAUCUAAAUUAAAUUGUUACGAAAAAAAUAUCAACAAUUCAAGAGAAAAACAAUCAAUAUGAAAUAAAGAUUAAAAUUUUUUUCUACCACAAAACAUUUUCAACUGA